UGUUUAGCUUCCUGUUUUGCUGACUGUUGUUUCUGCUGUAGCUGUGUGUUCGUAACCUCGGACUCGGAUGUGUUUAUUAGAGUAAACUAACGUAAGUUACGGGUUAUGUGAGGUUGAGUUGAUGGUAGGGGUUUCUAAUUGUGCUAUUUUGAUCAAAAGCGAUGUCGUCCGGUGAUAAGUCCUUCGAUUAGACAUUACUUUAUGCGAAAUAAUUUUGGAAAAGGCUCCAAAAUGGAGUUUAGGAUAGACUGGAUUUUUCCAACGCUUAGAAAGCCUUUUCUUUUUUGGAACAUAGCUAGUUCCCUGACCGUUGCAGCUGUUGGUCUUUUUAGCAAACUUCUUAUUGGAUGGAUGAACAAAUCAAAAGCGUACAACAUAGAGUUGUUUCACAAACUGCUGGACAGUCGUCCCAGGAACGUUCCGUUGCUAACAGUGUCCAACCACCAUUCGUGCUUCGACGACCCUGGCAUCUGGGGCUUGCUGAGUUGGAAGCACCUGAUUAGUCGCAACACGAUGAGAUGGUCUCUCGCUGCCCACGACAUCUGCUUCACCAAUUCUUUCCACUCGUACUUCUUCAUGUUGGGAAAAUGUAUACCUGUCAUUCGUGGAAAAGGGGUGUAUCAGGACGCCGUCAACUUUUGUAUAGAACAGCUAGGCCGGGGUCAGUGGGUCCAUGUGUUUCCUGAGGGCAGAGUCAACAUGACUAAGGAGUUUAUCCGACUCAAGUGGGGUGUCGGCAGAAUGAUUCUGGAAUCUCCGGUCACUCCGGUAGUCAUCCCUAUCUGGCACAUCGGGAUGGACGAAGUCCUGCCUAACGAUCCACCGUACAUCCUCAAAACCGGGAAGAAGGUGACCUUCAACUUCGGCAACCCCAUCGAGCUGUCGCCCCUUCUCGAGAAACUGAGGGUGUCCAAGUCCAGCGAGGAGGAGGCGAGGAAAGCCAUCACAGAUAAAAUACAAGAGGAACUGCUCAGGUUAAAGGAGACAACCGAGGCGUUACACGAGGAGCACUUUCGGUCGUGACCGAACAGUCGUUAAAAUUAGUCCUCAUUCCCUCCCUCUGCAGAGUGCCUAGAAAGUUUUGUUUAGUUUUUAUCGGAUUCGUCCUCGAUCGCUGUUGUCCGAGCCACUUUACAGCUUGACAACGAGUCAAAGGAGCUCGAGUAUGAUCGUAUACACGUGACAUAUUGUACGGUUUUAACGCAUUUAUCGCGACUCUUUGUUUUAUCAAGUUACAGCUGGUUUUUUUAUUUUUUUACUAGAUUUAAAAAUUUACCUUUUAUGCUUAUAACCCUGUCAAAACAUGAUAUUGUAGUUUAGAACAUAGCAGUAUUGUGGAAGUACUUUAAACUGGAUACAUAAUUGGAACAUGUGUGGUUAGAAGCAAUUCGUAUAACGUUUACAUUGUUUAAACCGAUUAUUUGACAUUUGUUGGUGGUUGAUUUGUAAAGCAAUGUUACAUGGCUGUGACAAGUGUAUUGUUGCUGUGUUGGAAUAUUCUAAAGGUUAUAAACCUGGGCAGAAAUAGACUUACUAUAAAAGUCAAUUUGAAUUUGGUAAAAGUUGCUUAAAAGCAUCAAACAUAGAUAAAUCUGUACAAGCAACUUUCAUGGAAAAUUUACACGUUGAUUGUCCUGAAGUGAAGAGUUUGGUUGGGAAACAUUUAAUCGUUGACUGUUCUUCUACAUUAAGUAAUCAAAACAUCCUUAACAUCACUGCAAUGCAAACAAGUAUAGACCUGAACAGUUUUUAGGGAAAUACAAUUUCCCUUAAACAUGAUCAUUUUAAUUGAGAAAGGCGAGCGGUGCUUCUGUUUUAAAUUUAUAAAUGAAUAGCCUAAAGUCAAACUAAGUGAUUUUCUUUAAACUAUAUUUGAAAUCUAUUUCAGCUUUUGUACAGUUUAAUAUUUUGUGUCUAUAAAUAUGAUGUUAUUGUUUUUGUAUUUAUCAGUUAAAAAAAUGUAUAACUACAUAUUAUUCAUCCAUGAAGUGUGUAAACAUAUACUACAACCUUUACGGUUUUGCAUUUUUAUCAGUAAACCUAAAAGGUACUAUUUAGUUUUUUGUGAAGUGUGGGCAUUAGGCACCCUGUACAAGGUUUUGCUGGAAGGUAUUUGGUGUAGGUAUGAUAAGUGGUUUUGAGUUUUAAGAAGUGGAAAUGUUUUACUUAAAACUUACCUGGAUUUAGUUUUUAUUGUUUUGUAUUACCUUUGUGUGAAUAAUUGCUUUAAGUUUUUUGACAAAAAGAGUUUUAAAUGUUAAUAUAGACAUUAAUAUUGUGGAUCUUCUCACUUCUAUCACCCAUCUUAGAUUUCCCGUGGUAUUUUUUUUACAGUCAUCAUGUAACUUAAUUUUUUUUUCUAUUUAAUUAAAUCUUAUGAUUUUUUGGUUAUAAAUAUGUAUGUUAUUACACCCUUAUAAUUAAAUAUUUUGAUAAUGCUGAGAAAGAUUCAUUGAUUUGUUUGAUAAUUGUAAAGGAAUAUUUUAGAGUUAUGAUUCAAUGAUUUGGUGUAUGCUUUAUUUUACUCAAUGAUGAUUGCUGAUUUGUUUUCUUAAAGGUCAGCCCACACCUUUAUAGUAAUUAUUUUCAUUUCCCCACUAGAUAAAUCUUCAUAGGUAGUGCUAUAGAUGUUUUGUUUUGUAGCACAUGAAUUGUUGACAUAUGUUUUGCUGCUUUACUACAAUGUUUAAAAAAGCUUUAUUCUUUUAUAAUCGAUCCUUGUUGUAAACCUUGUAUACUUAACAUUUUAAGAUCAAAACCGUUACGAAACAGUUUGAGCAAUUUGUUUUUUCUAUGGACCAAUUUUGGGUCCUAUCAGUUGCCAUGAGUUUUAUUACACAAUAUGAUUAUUACGAUAUUUUUGUAUAAAUGAAUGUGCUAUAUUCAAGUUUUAGUCUUCUACAUAAAGAUAGUAUUUGUGUCUAAGAAAAUGGAAAUUAAAAUACGUUCGAUGUUUUUCUGGAGUUUCAAUAUGACAAAAUAAAAUAUUUAAACCGCUUGUUUACAAACAUAUUCAUUGGUAAGUAAUUGAUACAUAAAUACAUUUGGUACCUCACAUAGUAAAUAUUGUUGUCAGUGGUACCAAAAGUAUUUUUCAAGCUGCAAGAUUAUCCAGGACUAAGAUUUUCAAAUCGAAACUUGUUGCAAAAUCAACUUUGUUUUUAAUGAUUUGAGAUUUACUGGUUCAAAACCAAGCUAUGAAACCUGUAAAUUAUUUGUUAUAGAUCAAUCGUUAAUUUGAUAUAGUUUACAUUGAUAAGUGAUGAUUUUUAAGUUCAGGCAAUGAAUCUGUACAGAUUGUUAAGGGUAGAGAUAAUUUCAGUUUGUUUUGUUGUUAUUUAUUGUUAUCGCAAUACAUAGGAAAAAUGGUUGUAAUUGUUGUAUUAGAAAGUAAUAUUAAAGAGUUCAAAGUUAAUGAAA